CCUCCGAGCUGUCACGACGAGCGUCCGUCUGUCUCGGUGCCUCAGCUUACUGUCAUGCCAUCCAGCUCUAUACUUAACUUAUGGAAAUUCAUCAAUAAUUAAAUUGCUGUUUUGGGACUUUGUCAGAGUUGAACGGAGGCGAGAUGUCUCUUUAAAUUGCUCGGCUCUUGGUGGUCGUGCGGGCUGAAGAGAAGAUUAUCGUUUCCUGGCUGAGAAUUUGACAGUUAGUUGUACCGCCCGACUGUUGGCGUGGUGUUGUUGUUCAACUGCGACAGACCUCACAACAUAAAGAGCCUUCCUAGUUGGUGAUGGUGUGUUGGGCAUCCUGUUGGCUGACAGGUGAAGUUUCUGGACCUGCAAGACUUCACUCCAUAUAUCUGAAAUCAUGAUGUGUGUCUUCUGUCAUGUCCCGUAGGAGUUCUCGCCUGGUGUCCGGUGGCUACUACAACUCAGAUGAAGAAUCUGACUCGAGUAGCGUGACAAACAUAUCCUACCGUGAAAACCCUGUCAAGGUUUUCAAGAAAAAGGCAGGGACCCGUAAGGCUGGCUCCCGUACCUCCAGCAGAGCCGACAGCAAUGCUAGUUCACCCAGCCCCGAGACGCCCGUCACUGAAGGCCAAUCUGAUGGCCUGAGUCCUCCCUCGAGCACCCAGCCUCAGCCGAUCAUGAGGACCGUACCCUAUGUCUCCACCACAGCCACCCCUCGGCCCGCCCUGACCCCAUCAUCAAGCCGGAGUCAGACUCCCACAUGCUGCCCCUUAGCGCCUCCGGAGAAGAGCUCUUUCGCUGGGCUCUACAGCUCCAGCAGGCCAGGAUUACACCUGAGGCCCAACCACAAGGAGCUGACUCAGAGCGGAGUGGACAGCUCCGGGUACUCGUCCUCUGAGGGGACUUACAAGAAGCCCACAGUUGCCACCAGCGGUAACAGCAGAAUGAGCAGUAACAAUGGGGCUCCCAGUCCUGGAUACAGAAGCAGAAUCAGCAGUGCCUUCUUUAGUUUGAAGGACUCUGCCUCAUCGACGGCUGUGGCAGCAGAGUCAAAAAUAAUGACAGCUUUAGCUAAUACGUCAUUCAGCAGUCGCAUGAAGAAAGCUUGUGGUCUGUUUCUCCUCCUCCUCGUCCUACUUCUAUGUAUUUGGUUCCUCCUUCCCUUGUUGACCUCUUUCAUCUCCCGCAUGAGUGUCACAAAGACCCCGCCACAGACAAAACCCAAGACUCAACCUGUUGUGCCUGCCCCCCCCCCUCCUCAACACAACAUCGUGCAUCAUGCACCUGUGGUGGAUCCAGCUGUUGUUUCUGCUGCUGUAGAAGCGAAGAUGCAGCAUGUUUUGACGGAGCUGCAGCUGAAGCAAGAGCAGCUUCACUCCCAGGUGCAGGAGCGAGUAAAGCAGGAUAUGCACGGUGUGAAAGCGAGGCUAGACGUCAUGGACUCGGAUAGUCGGCUGCGCCUGGAGCAGGAGGUUGCCGGACUGGGCCGACAGAUGGCGGAAUAUCAGACAGACAGCCGCUCUUCUGCUGCCAGCCUCAGCCUCAGGAUCCAAGCUUUGGAGGCCCAGAAUGCUAAGCUGACCCAGGAGCUGUCAUCCAUCCAGCUGGUGCCUCCUCCAGCCCCCUGUCCUGACCCCAGCACUGCCCCUGUCCAGAACCAUCUAACCCCAGAGCUGCAACAGGCUAUGGAGAAAUGGCUCACUGACCGCAUCAAGGAGCAGGAUGCACUCAGGCUCGGUGACAAAGGCAGCGUCACAGACUUUGGACGUCCCGUGGCCGACAAAAUGGCCGACUUCGCCCUGGAGACUCAAGGUGCCAGUGUGAUCAGCACCAGGUGUUCGGAGACGUAUCGUAUUCGUUCAGCGUGUGUGACCCUGUUUGGUUUCCCCCUGUGGUAUCCGUCUGAAAGCCCACGCACUGUUAUCCAGGGUUACCCAGUGAUGCUCCCAGGGAAAUGUUGGGCGUUCCACGGCGUCCAGGGAACUCUUGUCAUCUCUCUCUCUCACCCCAUAAGAAUAACUCAUGUGACGCUGGACCACCUGCCACGCUACAACUCCCCCACUGGCCGUAUCGACUCCGCGCCCAAAGACUUUGAAGUCUACGGAAUGAAAAACGACACGGAAGAAGGAACGCUGCUGGGGUCUUUCACCUACGAUGAGGACGGAGAGCCGACGCAGACCUUUAAGCUGCCUGACCCCAGUGACGAGGUUUAUAGAGUUGUGGAGCUGCGUGUCCUCAGUAACUGGGGUCAUGUCAAAUACACGUGUCUUUACCGCUUCCGUGUGCACGGAAAGAUCGCUGCCACAUGAGACCCACUGAGCGCGACGCAACGUCUCAUUCCAACACAUCCGAAAGUUCAUGUGUAAUGUUUGGUGCCGACUCGUGUGUCAGCUGGUUUUGCUGUGUUUUGGACUGCUUAAUGUUAAAGUGACAGAAAUCAUCGGAGUAUUUUUAUGCACGAGUUGAAGUGCACACUUGGCUUUGAAUAAGUGUACAGAAUGAAGUGUUUCAAAAAAACAAAAAUCUACCUAGUAAAAUCAUUUGGGAGCAGAGAGUUCUGGAAACUUUUUGCUUUCAGUCUUAUGAGCGUGCCACAAAAUAAUUUUGAAACUUUUUGUUGUUUUAAUUAUUAUUGCUAUUUAUAAGGUAUUUCCUGCUUCACAUCUGUACAGCGCACAGUCCCACCGGGUAAAACACAUUUCUUCACAUUUUGCCAAUGAGAAGCUGCAGAGUGUUAAACACAGUCGUCAGUGGUAUUCAAACAAAUGAAAGAGCGAAGGAAUUUCUCUUUCACUUUCCUGACCAGAUCUGCGCACAUGGUCCUGGGAUGUGAACCAACAGCAACUGGUUGUAAUCACACAUAUCAAGGCUUCCUGUCACAGCACACAAGUGAUGUUAAAAAAGCUUCUGUCUAAAUUUCUCUGUCCAUUUUUGGACACGAAGUGAACUUCAAUUAGAACUGUAAUUAACAAUUAUUUUCAUUAUCGACUGAUCUGUCAGUUAUAUUCUAAAUUAAUUGAUGAACCAUUUUGUCUAUACAAUUUCAAAUAAAUAGUGAAAAUGCCCAUAAAAUAUCCCAGAGCCCUAGCUGGGGUCCUCAGGUGUUAUUUUUUUCCGACCAUCAGUCUAAAAUACAAAGAUAUUCAGUUUAUUCUCAUGACAACAAAGAAAAGUAUUAAAUCUUGACAUUUGAGAAGCAGAAACCGUCAAAUUUUUUGCUUAAAAAAAUGAUCAUUUGAUUAUCAGAAUAGUUGCCUAUGAAUUUCCUGUUGAUGAACUAAUCAAUUAAUCGUUGCAGCUCUAAUUUCAAUAUUUAAUAUUUUUUACAAUUUUUAAGCUCUGGUUAAUAAAGUUCCCAGUCGGUUGCCUG